GGCCCCGGAGGAGGUGGCGGCGCUGCUGGCCGACCCUGCGCUGGGCGUGGCGCGCGAGGAGGCCGUGUUCGAAGCGGCCAUGCGCUGGGUGCGCCACGACGCGCCGGCCCGCCGCGGGCAGCUGAGGCGCCUGCUGGAGCACGUGCGCCUGCCCCUGCUGGCACCAGCCUACUUCCUGGAGAAGGUGGAGGCGGACGAGCUGCUGCAGGCCUGCGGUGACUGCCGUCCCCUGCUGCUCGAGGCCCGAGCCUGCUUCAUCCUGGGCCGAGAGGCCAGCGCCCUACGGGCCCGGCCGCGGAGAUUCAUGGAUCUUGCUGAAGUGAUCGUGGUCAUCGGCGGCUGUGACCGCAAAGGUCUCUUGAAGCUGCCUUUUGCCGAUGCCUACCACCCAGAGAGCCAGCGCUGGACCUCUCUGCCCAGCCUGCCUGGUUACACACGCUCGGAGUUCGCUGCCUGUGCUCUUCGCAAUGACAUCUAUGUUUCCGGAGGCCACAUCAACAGCAGGGACGUAUGGAUGUUUAGCUCCCAUCUGCACACCUGGAUCAAGGUAGCCUCACUGCACCAGGGCAGGUGGAGACACAAGAUGGUGGCAGUGCAGGGCCAGCUGUUCGCGGUGGGCGGCUUCGAUGGCCUGAGGCGCCUGAGCAGUGUGGAGUGCUAUGACCCCUUCUCCAACACAUGGGCUGUCACUGCGCCCCUACCGGAGGCCGUGAGCUCUGCGGCAGUGGCACCCUGCGCAGGCCAACUCUUCGUGAUCGGGGGCGCAAGGCAGGACGGUGUCAACACCAACAAGGUACAGUGCUUUGACCCCAAGGAGGACCAGUGGAGCCUGCGUUCACCAGCGCCCUUCUCGCAGCGGUGUCUUGAGGCUGUCUCCCUGGAGGACACCAUCUAUGUGGUGGGGGGCCUCAUGAACAAAAUCUUCACCUAUGACCCUGGCACAGAUGUCUGGGGGGAGGCAGCGGUCCUCCCCAGCCCUGUGGAGAGCUGCGGAAUGACUGUGUGUGACGGCAAGGUCCACAUCCUUGGCGGGCGGGAUGAUCAUGGGGAAAGCACCAAUAAGGUCUUCACCUUUGACCCCAGCAGUGGGCAGCUGGAGGCCCAGCCAUCCCUGCAGCGCUGCACCAGUUCCCAUGGCUGUGUCACCAUCAUCCAGAGCCUGAGCAGUACCAAGAAUCGAACUCACGACCUCGCGCUUGCCAGGCAGGCGCUGUGCAACCGAGCUAAAUCCCCAGCCCUACUUGAAUCUUUAAAAAGAGUGAAACUCAGUCUAUCUUGUGAUUACCAAUGCAUUCGCUGGAUUAUUUCAUAAACCUAAAACAUAUGUGAGAUCUUUUUUUUUUCUUCUUGCAAAUGACAUACUUUAUUCUUCUUUACAGUUGAGUACAUAUUGUGAGAUUCUUGGUCAACUAUCUUUUCCUCCAUCUAGAGCAGCUUCUAUUACACCAUCCAAAAAUUACCUCCUUUCAGUUAUCUUCCAACUGUGCUAUACAAAACUAAGAUAAAAGAAAAUGGAAGAACGUCCAUGUUGCCUAGAUGGAAGACAGUCAUCAAACUACUAUUACAUCAUUCUUCAGUUUCCCUGUUGUGCUUCCCAAAGUACUGCAUCGUCUUUCAAAAGUCUGGAAAUACCAGCUCAGAAUUUUUCUCAUUUUCCACCCAAAAUGACAAAGGAAAAAAACCUGAUAGAGAAGGUCAUUUCACCCUUAGGCGAGCAAAUGAGCACGGACUCCCAAAUUAGUCACAGAAGCAGAACCUGGAUCAUCCUGUUUUGCUAAAAGGUGUGACAAUACUCUCUCAUCUCUGCGGUGCUCAAGCACAACAUACAGUAGCUUGUAGGAAGGGACAUGUGAAGGCAGCUGUGCACGAAGGUGACUGAAGGCAAACGCACUCUAGAAAUUUCAAGUCCAUGGAUUGGUCAUGUAGUUACUUUGUAAAACUAAAAAUUAAAAUCAUUCAUAAUUAAGGGGUCAAGGAAAUAGCUGGCAUCUUGAUAAAAUUAGUCAUCAAAAUUUUCAGAAGUAUUGUGUUGACAAUGCAAGUGAAUAAAAAAACAACAGAAGCAGGGAUAAGCAGGAGCCUAUUAGGCGGGUAUGUGAAACCUGGAAUCAGGAGGUAUGAGUUUGUUUCUAUUUUGUGCAUGGCAGUUGAGCAUUUUAUUACAUUCAAGGUAUAUAUUUCAGGGUUGCUUGUUUUAAUUUAUAUAUUCACACGUUUUCCUAGAUUGACAACUUUAUGGAGAUAAAAUUCACCCAUUUAAAAGGCAAAUUCUGUAGUUUUUAGUAUGUUCAAUUAUGUGAUUAAUACUUAUUAAAAUCUGAAUAUUUAUUUGAAUACUUCUGAAUACUUGUGCUCAAAUUUCUAAUUGUUUUUCACUACCACUUUAUUCUUAGCUCCGUAAAUUAACCAUAAAAUGAUUCAAACAUAAAAGGGGGUGUCCACUGUUUCCAAACAGUGACUCUUGGUGAAUGUUUUCCUAGUAUGUCAAGGGAAAAAAACCUGAAAAAUGCAUCUCCUCUGGACCCUAACAGGAAAGCAGGCCUACUGCUGUGCCUACACUCUCCCUUCCCUUCCCUUUGAAAAGCAGAAACACUCUUGAAGAUCAGGGAAGCUCCGCCCUCCAGGCACUUUUGCAUCUAAAGAACCCAGCUCCUCAGGCUCACCACACAAAGGGCUGCAGGCGCACGUUCACAGGGGUAGUGGAUGAGCCAGCAGAGAGGGCAGGAUGAUCUACCGCAGUGCCACUUCUGACAUGGUGCCAGCUGCAUCUGGUAAGCUGAGUUGAUAGUAUAAAUGGGGACGGAUCAACACAACAGUGAUUUCAUUUGAAUUUCAGAACUUGGGACUGGAAUCAGUACUCAUGUUACUUGUUCGCAAAUUAGAAGCAAGUGUCUUCAAGUAGUGUACUAUUCCCCAGGUAGACUGCUGUCAAUUGUGGCUAGUAGUGGAAUUUGCCCUACAGCAGUUCAGGGUGUAUGUCAGAAAUGUAGCUUUGAUUAGUAACAGAAAAGUUUAGUAGAUAAAGCAGUAUCAAAAUACAUCCCAGAGGAGAAAAUAGUAAGAAACAUAAUCUUUAAGGUUGAAAAUGUUGAUCCUCCAUGUUUUUCUGCUGACAAUGGCAGGCUCUACCUUAAAAUAUAGAGAGAGCCAAUACUGGAGCCCAGAACAGUGACUAGAUAGAAGUUGGAAUACGGCUCAAUAAAAGGCCAAAUAUUUGUCUACCUCCCAGUAGAAGCAGAAUGCAGAGCUCUUGGCCAGGGCCCCUACAGAAUCCAUUAUCUUGAGGCUGGCUAUUAAUGGUAUCCAAGAGAUGCUCACAUACAGCUGACCUAAACCUAGGUUUGAACUGCAUGAGAACGCUUAUACAUGGAUUUUUUAAGAAAAAGUUUGACAAUUUAAAAAAACUCACAAAUGAACUGUAUAGCCUAGGAAUACAGAACAGGUAUGCCAUGAAUACAUAAAAUGGGAUCUACUUACUACCAAUAAUAUAGUUAAAAAUUAUCAAAACUUACAAGAACUUCAGACUAUAUAGGGCCCAUUCAAUACAGACAAAUACAAAUCUAAAAACACAGCAUUAAAUCUUAACUACUGCUGGUCCUGGUGGCACAAACCUGUAGUCCCAGCACUGUGGGAGGCUGAGGCAGAAAGAUCACAAAUUUAAGCCCAACCUGGCCAUCUGAGCACUCACUGAGGCUGUCUCAAAAACGGCUGGGGAUGUAGCGCAGGGCAAAGGCCCUGGGAUUUCUGACAAAACCUUGGCUUCUCCAGUAAUUGCUUUAUUGUAGUACAAAGUGAUCUCUCCCAGUUCAGGUAUGCUUUUCACCUUAUGUAAUUCAUGUAACACAAGUUAUGAGGCAAAAUGGGAUGUUGUGUUAUUGGUGAGGCUUCUGUUCAGCGGCAGGCAAGUCAUCAGAUUCUGCCUGUGUGUGGAUCCCUCAUUAAGGAGGCAGAGCUGGAAGCGAUAUGGACCAGCUUGACCUGGGCUGUCAAGUGUGUAGACUGUAGAAAUCAGCACCACAGAACCUGAUGGUACUCAUUAUUGAUGAGUAAUAAAGGAUGCUGCAGAGAAAGGUAUCCCCUCUUCACUACAGUUCUACCAUCCUCGUGGCCUCUGCCUCACUGCCCUGCUAGACGUGUACAAUGGCUGAAUGUAGGUGGUGAGGUGGGGUCUGUGGCUGAAUUCUUUGUACAUUCCACUGGAGUUGAGAUCACAGGCGGGCAACAGGCUCCACAGACUAUCACUGUUCCACUGGCCUCUGUACAAUGUAUGUUAAAUCUAGAUUCUUAUCUGGGGACAGGCCCUUCCCAAACCUUUCCCCCACAAUUCUAUGCUUCAUUCAGCCGGCUUUCUGUACAGAUGGUGCUUUUUGUUUCCCAAUCCUCUCCUGUUCUGUGGGUCUUUGGCCAACAUCUCACUCUUCUAGAUGUUUUCUCCUUGCCAGAUAAGCAAGCUGAUCAGCUCCCAGCUCCUGAGAUAGCAAUUUUUUCAGACAGGGUCUUGCUAUGUACUUCAGACUGGCCUCAAAUGCUUGAAGAUACUCCUGCCUCAACCUCCCAAGUGGUGGGGUUACAGGUAUGUGCCACCUCACCCAGCCCUAAGAUCCCAAUUUGUCAGCAACUGCUGCAAAUCCUAAUGAUCAGAACGUACAUAUAAUGAAGACGUGUAACUAACUCUUAAGAGUCUGAUAGUUGAGAUGACCUCAACUUGCUCCAAUCAGUUUUAACCAGUUUCGGUACACAUAAUCCUGUCUUGGCUGAUGUAGCUCAGCAGUAGGCUCUGGGUUUAACCCCCAGAACUGGGGAUAAAUAAAGUCCUGUUUCAAGCAAACGACUGUAUACUGUAGCAAGUUUAGAAGUAUCUGGGAUUAAGCCAGGCACUGGGGAGCACACCUGUAAUUCCACUAUUUAGGAGACCAGGCAAGAAAACAUCCUGGGCAGUUUAGCAAGACCUUGACUGAAAAUGAAAAAAAAACUUUAAAACCAAGGGCUGCAGAUGUUUCUCAGUGGUAGAGUACUAACCAGCAGGCGCACCACCCAGCACCACAAAAACACAUCUGAGAAUAGACACAGGAACCAGUCAUUCACUUUGCACGUGUAGCUGUUGAGGCCAAACACCACACAGUCACCUGUCAGCUUAUCCUCAAGCCUUCCCAGAGUUCACUCAGUUAGAAGCAAACUAGAUAAAGCACGUAAUUUUUACAUUUUCAGGCUUUAAUACCUAGCCACAAGGUACUAUAUAUGAAGUAACUCACACUGAGCCCAGAAACAGGUCACUAGUAUUAAAUAUAUCAGUAGUUAGAAAAUUUAGGUAUCAGAGUCCAUUAUUCUUCCCAUCUGUAGGUGCUACGGAUUCAACCAGCCACAGAUGCAAAUUUGUUUUUUGGAACCAAGAAUUGAAUUGAGAGCCUCUGCACUGGUACAUUCCCAGGUCUUUGAGACAGACUGGCCAAAUUGCCACACUGGGCUCAAACCUGUGAUCCUCUUGCCUCAAUCACCCAGAGUGCUGGCAUCACACUGCAUAGCACCCUGCCCAGCUUUUGAGAGGGUCUUAUGUAAUCCAGGCUGCUCCUGAACUAGCCUACACUGAUCUCAAACUUGCAAUCCUCCUGUCUCAACCUCCAGCAUAGUUUUCAGUUUGGAUUGGUACUGACUAUAUAGAGAUAAUUUUAACUGCAUGGGAGGAUGUGUCUAACUUAUGUGCAAAUAUAUGCCCCCUUAUGAAAUCUGAGACAUCUGAGGACUCUGGUAUACUCAGGAGUGUAGAACAAAUCCCUUGCCAAAAGGUUAAGCCUGUACAGAUGUGAAAGCAUUUCAAAAAAGGAGCAAGGUUAGUGCUAGAGCUCUACUACACAAUAAAUGUGUUAACACUGUAGAAGUACACCCUUAAAAUGGCCAAGAUAGUAAACUUUGUGCUGCAUUUACUAUACAGGUAAAUGGGAAAGCAUGGAUGCUUCUGCAGUGAGUUCCCAACAUAACUUAUUCUCAUAUAUUAAGCCCCUUAUCAUGUGCAGAACAGUACAAACACAAUGUGCAGAGUUUAUCCUGGUAUGGAUCAGUCUAGUUGAGACAAUCAGAUCACCACUAGGUAGUGCAGCCACUCCUUGGUGUGCCAGGUCCAUGAGUACUUUCCUUAGCAAGUUCUUUCUUUGUGACCAAUCAGAAUGUUUUAUCAUCAGCCUUGUAAAAUUUUCAAGCCAAUUUGUCCUUCACUGGUUCCAUUUGCAUAAAUUAAGAGCAUCCAAUUUCUUACAAAAUACAUGUCUUGGUAGCAAAUACUUCAAACUACCACAGCAG